UGUUGCCAACGAACAUCGUACAAUUCGAUCGGUCGGAUAGUGUAUGGUCGCGUAGUGGAAAUUUCAACCAGAUAUAACUUCGUUGUUAUUGUAUAGAAAGUACGAACGAAGUCUAGUUGUGCGAUAAGAAGUUUUAGUGUGCAAGCAAAUGCGAAAAAAAUACAUUUAACGACUUCUUUGCAAAGUGCGAAUAAAUGCAAACGAUUGUUGGGUUUGUAUAGCGGUAAAUACGUGUGUGAUUACACCAAGUAGUGAAAACAAGCAUGUGCUGAAUAAACGAAUUCAUUGUUUGAGCUAAAUAAAGAGGAUUAAAUGUGUUGUUUGUGUUGAAGUUUUUGAAAAGCAAAUCAAGCCAAAUUUAAGUGAAAUUACACGCUGUACUGUGAAGUUCAAGACGUGUAUUAGAAAAAGUGAACAAAAAUAGUUAGAAAUUAAAAAAAAUCAAAGUAUUAAAUAAAUGAUUGAGCAAAGAUUGCUGGCUCCAUAUUCGUUUGUGGUGACGAAAUUGCGAAGUGUGCAAACGGGAAAAGUGCGUUCCGCUUAUGGAAAAACUAAAUUGGUUUUCUGUUCGCUUUGUAUUUGUGUAAAACAUAAAAUAAUAAAAAGCUGAGACCGAUAAGCACAAUAGCAAAAAAACGUAGCUACAAAAAUAUUUUAUCACAUUCGUCGGCAAACGUUAUUUCGUUUAUGGUUUUCCAAAUAAAUUGCUUUUGCAGUGGAAAACGGCAACAAAAGCGAUCAAAUAAAAACAAAGAAAACGUUGCCACAGCAAAAUUGUGGAAAACGCAUUCAUCGAACCGAGCGUUUGUUUGUUUUGCUUUUGGAUAUGACGCGCGAAAAGUGAACUGCGCGCGACGAACGACAACCGAAAUAAUUCGAUAACGGGGAGCGGUGCGGGAGAAACUUUGUACGUGGGUGUGUAUGAGUGGUGUGAACACAGGAAAAAUUAUAAAUAAAUAAAACUAAAAUACAACGUAAACGUGUAAAUCCGCAACAAUCUCGCGCUGUCAUUCACAAAAAGUGCGGAAUAUUAAAAACACUCGUCCCUUACCUCCCAAAUGAAAUGAAAUGAUUAAAUGUUUUCUACCUAAUUAAGAGUGACAUUUAUGCAACAUAUGUUCGUUGAAAACUAGAAAGAGCGAUGAUCUGCAUGAAAAAAUAAUAGAGAGUAAAAAAUUUAAGGCAAAAAGUGUUCAAAUUCGAAAUAUCAGUGCUCUUAAAAUUGUUGGAAACUAAAUUUUGUGUUUAAAAUUCAAUUCAAAGCAGUCAAGUUUUUGAGUCGCAACCAAAAGAAAAUAAUUUGUAAUGAAUUCGUUAUUGCAAAAGCAAAAAACAACAAAUAAUAAUAAAGUUAAUGGAAUAAUAUUGUAAUGCUGAAAUUGAAGGCGAAUAUAUGUAUAUUUAAAAGUAAAACGAAAAUUGUUAAAAUUAUACGUAAAUAAAAAUAAAGUGCGAUUAAAAAAUUUAAUUAAUUUAAACUGUGACGGAAAUUUCAUAUUGAUAGUAUAUACCAAACGCGAUUGCUGAAACCUAAAAGAUUCCGCUAAUUUUUCGUCGAAAUAAUUAAAUCUUUUGUUUGAAAUUUGGAUUAAGUUGAAAGCGUUUUAGCGUCUUCUGUGUACAUAUGAAGAAAGUGUAACUUUAGGUAACGGUGCAUUGGAAUAUUCAGCAUCUGGCGCCCAGCAGGCAUUUUGUUUCUCAACCAGCAACAACAAAAAUUUGGUAUCUUAUAAUUCUUGGAUCUUGAAUAUACACAACACAAAGUUAUACCGAGAAACCAUUCGACUUUCCAUCUUCAAUGGCCAUUUGCUGCCAUGUCCAGGGCUCGUGAGUUGGCCUUAUUUGAGAAAUGGACUGAUGCUGCUGCCGCAACUGCCACCAACACUUUCCCACCCCUCGCCUCACCCACCUCGCCGAAGGCAACGAAAUUUUGCUGUUGCCCGAAUCGACGCCGCUAUAACUUGAAACAACCAAAGGCGAAGUCCACCUUAGACGCUCGUAAUAUUUUCUUGGAUAAUGAUUUUACGUACAUCGAUGAUGUGGAUAGACAAGGCGAUAGCAACUACCACUUCAGCAUCAAAGGUAACAGCGGCCGAAACUACAGUAGUGUGCGGCGUUGCGAGGCGCAACACGGUAACACCAACAAUUGCGCGGACAGCGUAGCGUUAGUCAACCUUAAAGAAUUAGACGGGCAUCAGCGUGAAACUGACAAGUGGCUGCAACAACAGAGCAGAGAGGGGUCUGCUGCUACAAUAGUCAGUAAUAACUUUGCGGACGAUUACGAUGAUAUCAGUGAUGUUGUCGACAAUGCUGGAAAUCGUAGAUUGCGCCUAAUGAAUGCAGCUCCACAAUUAGCAACAACACAGCAACAACCCAAAAGGGUAGAGUUAGCAACGCAAUGCCACAAAGCGGAUCAUUUUCAACAAGUGCGACAUGACAAAAGCUUUCAUAAUAACAGCAGCGGCAACACAAGCGCCAACGAUAAGAGCACCAGUAACAAUAACAACAUCUGUGAUUGUGAAAACGACAAGAGCGAUGGUAAUAACGGUAGCAACGCGCUGAUUGCGGACAAUUGUCAACCGAAAGUCGCAGGCGGCAGCAGCACAACAACGGUAAUUGCAACAACAGGAAAAGUUGUUGGCAACAAUUGUGCGGGUGAAUGUAAAAGUAAUAAACGUGUUGUUUGUGAGCAACUACAAAAACAACAGCUGGCUAACGACGGGCUGGCCGACGACCACAAGAACGAUCAACAAAAAAUCCAAAGACUUAGCGAUAGUGAAUUUAAACAUAGCAAUAUUAAUUGUAAGGGACAGCAAACGCAACAAAAACAACACUGCACAAGUGUUAACAUUACAGGCGACAGCGGUGACUUUAGUGAGCUACAAGCGCGCGUUAAUUGCCAACUUGACUCAUCUACAACAACGACCGCGCCCGAUUCGAACCGAUCGACUGCACAGCAAAAACAAAGCCAAAACAAUAGUAUCAACUAUAACAACGAUAAAGCCAACAGCAGCGAAAGCGACAGCAAAAUUGAUUUGCAGAAUAAAAUGACAAUAACCACAACGAAUGCGGCGAGUCGCAAGCAUUCGCGCGUCGAGUGUGGGUUGAGAUCAACAGCAACAACCCUAGUCACAAACGCAUCGACAGCAACAACGAAGGACAGCGUCGCGACAGACAACUCUUCCACAACGACCACAACGCAAAUUACGCCCUGCAGUGUGAGAACAGCGCCGAACAUGACUGGAAACACUGCAACAACCGACAUGCCUACGUCCGCGUGCACGGCCGCGACGAACACGGUAACAACAACUCUAGCAGAAGUCGCUGCGAUGCAGUUUCGGAACACUGCUGCCUCGCCAACGCCAUCGUCGCGCCCAUCAACACCCUCCUUAACAACUGUGAUCAAAACAACGCUGGUGAAGCGAACGCCUUCGACGGAAUCGUCAAAAAGUCCAUCGCCAGUCACUACACCGACAACAAUAACAAAGUCUAUUGUCACCGCGACAGUGUCGGCACGAGCUUACAAGAGUGUGGGCAAUGUUCGAGCGGGAGGAGAAGUAGUUCAAGACAAUGCGCAGGAAACUGCGAUGGCUGCGAGACCGCGCACAUCCGUAAAACAACGCAUUGCUGCCUUUGCCGCUGGAAAUGAGCAACAAACGCGAAAUCAUGACAACUCCAUUAAGAUACAGCAGCAACAAGUUCAGAAUCACAAGCAAAUUCAGAGCAAUGGCAAACAAAACAUGACAAGAAAAAGUGAAGUACAGCCAGGUACAACUAACGGAGAGAGCAGCAAUACAAGUGCUCAUGUGAUGGGCGGGACGGAAAUUGCAACAGCGACAGAAAAUGCUCCUUCGAGAGCAGCCGCAACUCCUCAAUCAACAUCAGUCUAUACGGCUCACACAGCAGUAGCUUCGACGCCUGUGACAAGAAGCGCGGGCUCAAGUCUGGCAUGCAGCACCGGUUAUGCAACCAUGCCACGCCGUAGCGUCAACAACAGCUGUGCUGGCGGCGGCAAUAACGCGAAAUGCGGAAGUGGCUGUGCGGUCAACCACAAUGGCAAAGCGGCCAAGUCAGCUGAUAAAACGUCGAGUGACGCGACGGCGGACAACUGCCGCAAAUUGGCCGCCACUCUGGACAAUCUCGAUUUAGCAGUGGUGCGCGAUUUGACUGAUGACGACGGCGAGGACUCGUACACGGCCUUCCAGGAGUAUCUGGAGCGAGUAGAGCACGAAAUCAAUGAAGUAUUUGAGGAACGUCGCGCCAGACAACGCGAGCAGCAAAUGCAGCAGUGCAACCAAAGUAAAACAUACCCUAAUGAUGCUGUUGUUAUUAAUAACUACCAUAGCAGCGAUAACGGACUAUCCCAGUGUGAUGUAGUUGACGCGGCAUCAGAAGCGACUAACACUAACACUGCAGAAAUUGCAAGCCAGCAUGCGACAAGUGUGGACAAUGACAGCAAACUUUCAAUGACAUCCACAACGGGUUACACGCCUCGCUUUCGCACUACAACCGAACUCAAAGCUUUACCGCCGCCACCUCUCGUCCCCACCAACCAGUCUUCUGAAAACAACCAGGACGAAGAUAACUCUAGCUCUAGUGCCGCUGGCAGCAAUGAAGAUUACUCCACCAUAGUCACCACUCAGGAGGAUGUGAAUAUUUGGGCAAAUAAAUUUUUACGGGAUUUGGAUAAUUUGAUGUCAUCGACUCGUCCACUUUCUCUAAGCGCCUGUUCAUCGCCAACUUCGAAGACUUCACCUCAAUUACUAUCCGCAGCUGCCACGGCUGCCAUUCAGAGCCGUUAUGGGCGAUUUGCAGCUGAACGUGCCGAAAACUGGAUAUCCAACGGAUUAAUGCUAUUGCGACCAGAGAAACACACCACCAUUCCUUUGCAAUCGUUUAACCUUGAUUGUGCACGCCUCGAUAAUGGCAUAAACGCUGACAACAACACUGGAAGCCUUUGCACUGCAGGUAAGCCGAGUGUUGCCUAUAUGCGAACUUUAUCGGCACCGACAGAAUACCACCAAAAACAACCAGCGGCCCACAAUUGCGGCGCCGGCAAGCGCAACAGUUUAGCAACAUUUAAUGCCACAACUGAACAACACCAUCAGCAUUAUCAUAACUUGACAAAUUUACAAUACAGCAACGAGUCGAAGGCAACAAGUGCGGCAACAGAUACAAACCCGUCAAAAACAGCGACGAUAUUAAAAAUUGAAGAGACAACACCAGCAGCUGCGACUGCAUUGGCGACGACAAAUGGUCACCGUCGGCCAGCAAUGGCAAUGACAACAUUAAACGACUGUGACGCCGCCACCGCCCAAGAAAACGAUGAGGAAUCACUUAAAAAUAGACGACAACGUCAAUUGGAAAACGAUAUGGAAACAAUGCUCGGCAGCAACGUCGCUACAACUCAUUGGACGCAGAAGGAAAGCUCGAGUCAGAGCCAAAGCCACCAUCCGCUAGCGCAGCAGCUGUGCAAUGGUGAUAAAGGCAGCAACAGUGGUUUUAACAGUAGCGGUAGCUUGGCGGCAAUGCUGGCAAUACCAAAACGGGAGCGCAUUAAUCAUGCGACAAUGACAACACCAACAUCAGCAAUAGCUACGGCAAAGCUAGGCAACACUAUGCUCUUACCGUCUACAUUAUUGACCUCAUCAGCAUCAAAGAGUAAUGGCGGUGGCACCACGUCCUCUUUGUUGUUAAACGGCGGCGAUGUGACCAAAAAAGGAUCCACUUCAACGAUCUGGACGUCUGAGGAGUCAAUAUUGCGAAGUGUUGGCGCCGUCGAUGAAGACAAUAAUUCCACUUCAUCCUCGGCAUGUGAAGAAGCCUGUGGCGUGCUAAGCUCCGGGAAAUCGGGCAUAUCGCUCGACUCCUCCAGUCUAGAUAAUGACAAUAAUGAAAGUGGUAUUGGCACGGCGACACCACCAAAAGAAAUCUGCUACUGGAAGACUCAACAAAACGACAACGAAUCGAUUAGUAGCUUAGAUGCGCUACGGAAAAUGAAAUUCCAGAAAAGUGGUUCAGUAGUUUCCUCCGAUGAUCCAGACCUCUUAGAAGUUCUCAGCCUAUGCGAUGAACCUCAUGGUGGUGAUGAAGAUAUUACCAUCAAUGGCGGCGAUGAGUCACACGAUGAUAUUGACGAUCAGCGUCAGCAGCAUAAACCACCAACAGCUACCACACCAGCAGACAAGCUAAAACACAAGGUUCAACAUUUGCAACAACUACAACAUCAAAUUCUGCACGCCACACGCCAACGUCAUCGUCAACAUCAACGCACACGACAAGAAGACAACGAUAACGUUGAGAGUAAUAAUACGCUAGAAACGGCUGAAGCCAUAGAUGACGGCGGUAUAGGUGUAUCCGAUGUAACGUAUGAAUACGAUGAGGGCCACGAUGAUUUUGAAAUUGGUCCAUAUUGCGACUGCGAAUGUAACGAUGGCGAUGCGAGCAGCGCCAGUGGCAGUGGCGGUGGUGGCAGUCGUAACGGAUCCGCAUCAGCUAACGAAACGGCUAGUGGCAACAACGUAGUAUUACGUCGCAAACUCAGUGCUGGGACUACACCAAUUAUGAUGCCUUAUGGCGGUAGAGGUGGUGGUGGUGGCCGAGCACAGAAAUGUCGCAGCCACUCAUUGGAUACCUCUUCGCUACCAGCGGUCUACUAUCAGUACUCACCACUGCAACAUCAACAUCCGCAGCAGCAUCAUCCAUUGACGCGUAAGAUACAUCAACAUUUGCAUGGACGUGGCAGAGAACGUGGUCAGCUGUCGCUGGCUCUACGUCAGGAACCGUUUCAGUCUUUGCUAUCGCCGACACUCUUUGCAGAAUUGCCUUCGCCGAGUAGCGCUUCUCUGCACAGCGGACAUGAAAGUCUAGGCAUACAAGAGCUGACCACCAAGUCGAACUCGGCGCCAUUGCUGCUGAAAAAAGAGAAGACGCGACGUGAUGAUUUUUCCGGGCAGAAGUUGGCGCUGCGCUACUCACGAUCGCAAAGUGAUCGCUACUUAGCAGAGAUCGAGGCCGUUGAAGCGUGUAAAUGGCUGCGUGCUGCCGGCUUCCCGCAAUAUGCCCAAAUGUAUGAAGAUCACCAGUUCCCCCUCGACCUGACUAACGUGGCCAAGGAUCACACCAACCUAGAGAAUGAUCAACUCCAAUCACUCUACCGACGUCUUUGUAUAUUGAAUCGCUGCGCCAACAUGCGCCUCGACCAAGCACACAAGGCGCAAACGCCGCAGGUUUGUCAACUUCCCCUCUCUAAAUUACCCCUUAAAGUACAACAAAUCAUCAACUCAAUCACGUACGAUUCAUCCCAGCAGAAGGAGGACUCCGAUGAUGAGAAUUGUGCGCUUAGCGAAAAUUGGACAUUCCAGCCACAUAUACGUCGUUGGUCGCGCAUUGGUGAAAUGGGUCUUGAGCUGCCACCCGCCGGUAAGUUGAAUAUCGAGAAGACAGAAAGUUCAUCUAAGGAGUCCAGUCCGGAUCGCUUUGAAGAUGACAGUUACGACAUGCCUGGCGGUGGUGGCCUUUCGCUUACUCUACCUGGUAAUUCCACAGACUCCAUUCUCAAUGAAUCGACCGAUUCAGCAGCGGUGCGUUUGCGUCGCACUGGUAGUGAACGUUUUAAGGAUGGUGCCAAAGCAUUCCUGCGACGCGUAGAGUCUAUAAAAUCUCGGCGACGAAAGCGUCAAAAUCGUGAGGGUAUUGUUAUCAGUGGGCCACAAGCAUUGGAUUUGUCACAACUCGGCCAGCGCAGUAGCAUACGUAAACCGGAUGCGGUAUAUUCCACACCACCUUCACCAUCAGCGGUCAGUCCAAUGCAUACAUUCCCGAAGGGUCCGAUGUUUGGAAAUGAACUGAAGGUACCAUCACAAAGUGAAACUUUCCUCAGUCCGAAUCGGGCGAGUCCCAAACGUACACCGACCACACCGCGUUCGAUGCGUGCCAGCCCACUACAUUUUUUCUCGAAUCCGAUGCCACAUUUGAAGGAGGGCAAGUCAGAUGAUUCUUCUUCAUACUACAGCGAUAGCCAAGAGUCGUCCGCAGGUGGUAAAUUAUCCCUGCGUAAGACUCCAUCAAAAACACGCAGAUUUUUGCAACGCACAGGUAAAGUAGAUGAUAUAGGCGCACAUUCAGACUCCGAAUGUCAUCACGGUAGAAAAUUACUGAUAAAGGACGCCAAUUCCAACACCACUGAGAUAAAAGUCAAGAAACUGACUCGCGGUGGCUCACUUAAUUUAGGUAAGGACCCUAAGAAACGAGAGGGUUUCCGGUCGGCGAGCUUCCGUUCGCGUUCCACUUCACGUAAAGAAACAAAACCUGAAGAAACCGAAAAUAUUAAACGUACCCCGGUUGUGCGAUGGCAUAGUUUUCAGAUGGAGGAGCGUCCAAACAUGAUCUUUCGGAAAUGUUUCUCGCAAAAGAUCGAUCCUAACAUGAACAAUCAUGGCAUUCCAUUUAUGGCCAUGUCAGCAGGCCAGCUUCACAUUCUACGCAAGCUUGCCUUGGUCAUACUCACCGGGUAUAUGGAGCGCUACUGCCCCACACAUCGCUCAGGUUGGAAUUGGGAGCUCCCCAAGUUUAUUAAGAAAAUCAAAAUGCCCGACUACAAAGACAAGAAAGUGUUCGGAGUACCACUGUUAUUGAUAUUGCAACGUACCGGGCAGACGUUGCCGAUUGCGAUACGAGCAGCCUUCCGUUGGCUGCAGGUACGCGCUCUCGAUCAGAUCGGCCUGUUCCGCAAGAGUGGUGUCAAGUCCCGCAUCAUCAAGCUAAAGUCAGAAGUGGAACAACUCGAUUCAACGUCGCUUUGUAUGGAAGUGUAUGACACACAACAAGCUUACGAUGUAGCCGAUAUGUUGAAGCAGUAUUUCCGCGAUCUACCCGAAUCGUUGCUCACCACCAAGAUGUCCGAAACCUUCGCAGCGAUUUUCCAACAUCUUCCCAAGGACGUGCGUUUAGAAGCAGUACAGUGCGCGGUACUUCUACUACCGGAUGAAAAUCGCGAAAUACUUUACGCUUUGUUGGAGUUCUUGACACUAGUGGCAGCCAAUGCGGAUCAAAAUCAAAUGACUGCAAAUAAUUUGGCGGUUUGCCUGGCGCCAUCGCUCUUCCAUAGCACUAUUUCGACUGGUGUAGCUUCGGUUUCAGCCUCACCCAGGAGGCGCAAGGGUGCCGGUGUGCCUGACGAUAAGGAACUACAAGAGGCAAAAGCUUCCCAUGAAUGCCUGUCCUUUAUGAUUGAAAACUACAAACAAAUCUUCACUGCGAGCAAAGAUAAGAUAAGCAAAUGCAAUUUCGGCUAUAUGGAAGAGUCGAAACCAGUACCUCUGGAGGCACUAGGCGAGGGCAUGCAGUUCCAUAAUUGGCGAGGAUAUCUAUAUGAAUGUACCAAGGCCACAAUCAAGGAGGGUAGAGAAAAAACUCGUGGCUGGUUCACGAUCUCUUCACAAAAUGACAGCAAUGUGGACAUUGCCUACAAGAAAGUGGGCGACGGCCACCCUUUGCGUUUGUGGCGCUGUACCACUGAAGUCGAGGGCCCGCCUACAGAGGUCUUGGACUACAUCAUCAAGCAACGCGCCUCAUGGGAUUCGAACUUGCUGGAGAGUCAAACUGUUAAGAAACUGGACGCCUCGACGGAAAUAUUCCAAUAUGCCAUAGACGGGCAGUUCACCACCGACUUCUGCGUGCUACGCUCUUGGCAAACAACUGAUCUGCCGCGCGGCGCCUGUGUUAUUGUGGAAACCUCCAUCGAUCAUGCAAAGGCAAAACCGAUGUUCGGUGCCAUUAGAGGUGUUGUCCUGGCUUCGCGCUAUUUGAUAGAGCCCUGCGGCAGUGGACGAUCACGCGUAAUGCAUUUGACGCGGGUGGAUGUUAAGGGCCGGACUCCCGAGUGGUACAACAAGAGUUACGGACACAUUUGCUCACUGUAUUUAUCAAAAAUCCGCUUGGCGUUCAAGCAUGUCGCUGACGGUCCUGAGAGCAAAGUGUAAUAUAAUAUAUAUACAGUAUCGUGAGAUUAACGUCGGAAAUCCAAAAUAUAAACCACACAAAUUUCGAAACACGAAAAUUCGAUAAACAACUUAAAGACAUCACAUAACUAAAGAAAUCCUGAGAACUGAUUUAAGGAAAAAUUAUCUUGCAUUACUUGCAUUAAUUAAAGGCAUUUACUUUUUACUCAAAGCAAAAAUAUUAAACAAAAAAAUAUGUUAAAAAUUAAAGCAAACACUACCCAAAUACGAUAAGAGUUCGAAAGUGCCCAAACUGAAGUUACAAAAUAUUUUUUAAAAGGUUCAACAAGGUUUACAAGAAUAUUACAUAAGCGUAAAUGACUCAUUUAAAUGAUAUUUCUUAAACAAAACAAAAACAAAGCGUUCAAAAAGUAACGCACUUUAAACUAAUACCCAGGAAGAAUUACAUAUGUAAGAAUCGCUUAGAAGUGCGCGCUUGUAUUUUGAGUCCCUGCAAUUAACGGGAAUGGAAUUGUGUAAAAAAAAUUGGCAUUUAUCACGGAUAGCGCUCAAAUUCCUUCAUUACCUCUAUUAAAAUACUGGCUAAUUCGCCUAAGGAAAAGGAGGAUAUCAAGCCGUUCUCAAUUUUACUUAAAUACUUUAUAUAUUAUGGAAAAUUUUUAUAUUUUUCCAAAUUGACAGAAUGCAAUAUUUUUUCGUAGCCUUAAAAAUUACGGAAGUAAAAAUUAAAUCUAAAUGUAAAAACAUUGUAAAUAGUAAAGAAUUAGUUUAAGAGCCAUGCGGCAUUUUUUAGACACUAAGAUUACUAGUUUAUUUGUAACAUAUUAAAAUAAAAAAAAAUUAAAACGUAAACCACUGCAAGGAGUUAGUGGAAAGUGGUGGUGUAUGUUAGCCCUCUAACACAAGAUAAUACUCAAAACUGAAGCAUCACAAAAGUUUUUUUUUACCGAAAAUACCAUUGCCUUUAAAAAGAUGAAAGAAACUAACUUUAAUUAUACAUGAAGUUUCACGUAUAUUUCCGAACUUCGUGCACUUAAAUAUACAAACAUACAAUAAAUUAACAAAAUCGUAAAACUCUAUGUUGACGUAUUAACGUAGAAAUCAGCGACAAUUAAUUCAUUUGGAAGAUGAAUGAAAAUAACGACACUUUCGAUCCGAGACUACUACUGGCAAUGGAACAGAGAGAAAAUUAUCAACUAAAUGGAAAAGUAAUUUAUAUGGAAAAUAAUUCAACUAGUCAAAUUGUUAAAUUUAAGCCUAACCGUAUACUGUGUAUGGAA